AUGAACACUGAUGAACAACAUAAAACUGAAGGAGUGGAUAGUGAAGAAGUAAGUGUUGAUCACAGUGAAAAAACUCAAAAAAAGGAAGACCAAACCAAUGAAAAAGCUCCAAAAAUUUCUACUUAUCAAUCAAAAUAUGUACCAAGUAAAGAACAACAAGAUCGAGAUCGUAGAUCACUUUGUAUUACUCAUCUUGAUGUUAGAACAACAAAAGAGGAUUUAAUAAAACUUUUUUCAACUGUUGGUAAGGUUAUAUCAAUUACUAUUCCAGUUAAUCACUCUGGUAUCUCAAAGAAGUAUGCCUACCUCGAAAUGGAUUCUAUUGAAAAUAAAAAUAAAGCUAUAAUGAGUUUUAAUGGAACAAGAAUUGGAAAAAAUGAAGUUAUGGUUGUUACUAAACGUAUGAAUGUAGCAGGAUUUAAUAAACGCGUUCCAAAGAAUGCUCAAAAUCAAAAACAAUCUUGUAUUACUGAAGAUCCAACAGAAGAUAGAGGUAUUAAAGAAUUACAAAAAUUAAUAGAGAGUGAAAGUAUUAAGGAGUUAGAAAAAUCAAAAGAAACUGAAGAUCCAACAGAAGAUAAAGGUAUUAAAGAAUUACAAAAAUUAAUAGAGAGUGAAGAGAUUAAAAAACCAAAAGAAAGUGAAGGUAUUAAAGAGUUAAAAAAGUCAAAAGAAAGUAAAGGUAUUAAAAAAGCAACGAAUAAAACAAAAAAAGAAAAGAAAAGAACUACUAAAAUCAAUAUUGUAAACAACCAUAAUGACACUUCAGAAGAAAGUAGUGAAUCUAUGGACAAUUUAGUUCAAAACAUCGUUUUAGGACUUCGUAGAAAUAAAAGUACUGAAAAGGAUAAUUAA